UUGUCCGAGAAUCCGGGAUUAAAGAACCGAGCGGAGAGCGGGAGGGAACCGGAGCAGCCGCCGCUUCUGCCGCUGCCGCUGAAAGGCGAGGAACCAUGAAGACACCGCACCGUGCAGCCGCGGCGGGAGUUUAUUAUUACCGGAGGUGAAAGGGAGAAAAAUGAGCGAGGACACGCGCCCAGACGAUGACAGCUACAUUGUGCGCGUCAAAGCGGUGGUGAUGACCAGGGACGAUUCGAGCGGCGGCUGGUUGGCGCAGGACGGCUGCCUGAGCAGAGUGGGUGUGUGCAGGCUGCUGCCGACCGAACUGCUGGGACGCAACACUUUCCUCAUCCACGGAGAACGCCUCAAAGACAAGCAGGUGAUUCUGGAGUGUGUCUUAAAGAAAGAUCUGGUCUACACGAAGGCCACGCCCACGUUCCACCACUGGAAGGUGGACAACAAAAAGUGCGGUCUGACCUUCCAGAGCCCGGCUGAUGCCCGAGCUUUCGACCGCGGGGUGAGGAAGGCCCUGGAGGACCUGACAGAAGGCUCGACCACGUCCUCGUCGACGCUGCAGAACGAAGCAGAGCUCGGCGAUGACGACGUCUUCACGACCGCCACCGACAGCUCGUCCAACUCGUCCCAGAAGAGAGAGCCGGCGAUGCACACGUUGGCCCCGCCCAACCUCUGCGAGCCCCGCCGGCACCACUGCAUCCUGGGACCUUUCUAUGAGCAGCAGCACCGGCCCUCUGAUCACUACUUCCUAGACCAGGCGGUGCACAUGUUUCCUCGUCACAUCAGCUUCCAGGUGGAGGAGGAGGAGAUCGUACGUAUCAACCCUCGCGAACGAGCCUGGCUCACCGGCUACGAGGACUACCGGCACGCCAACUCUACACGAGACAAACUCACCCAGUCCGACAACCCUGACGCCUACAUACACUUCACCAAGAGCGAGCCGCCGAAACACGACUACAUCUACCCGUACCCGCUGAGCUGCGACGUGCAGCGAGGCUGCGAAGGUAAACCGGGCUGCCUGGAGCUGGGCGGCGGCCACAGGGCGGUGGUGACGGUGCAGCCACGCGCCCUGCAGCCUAAAGGCAAACGGCGGAAGGAGGAAGGCGAGCGUUCGCGCUGCGUUUACUGUCAGGACAUGUUCAAUCAUGAGGACAACGGGCGGGGGCGCUGCCAGGAGGCACCUGACCCAAUCCAGACCUGCAUCCGGCGGGUCAGCUUCAUGUGGUGCGCGGACAGCCUGCUGUACCACUGCAUGUCGGACCCGGAGGGGGAUUACUCGGACCCGUGCUCCUGCGACACUAGCGACGAGCGCUUCUGUAUGCGCUGGACGGCGCUGGUGGGUCUGUCACUGCUGGCACCCUGCAUGUGCUGCUACGCCCCCCUCAGGGGGUGUUACCGCUGCGGCGUGGCCUGCCACUGCUGCGGUGGGAAACACAAAGCUGUGGGCUGAGGCGUCGCAGGCCCCGCCCUCCUCACACAGACAACAAGGACCCACCGGAGGAGGCAGUAGUGUUUUUUACGCUGUUAUUUUGUCGUCGUCGUUUGUCUCGUCUCUGAUUUCCAGGAGAAGGAACUGGAACUUUGUCUAAACAGAUGGAAAAAAAAAAGUUCCCUCUUGUUUUUGUCUUUUGUCUUGUGUGAUGUUGGAGACCAAGUAGCUUCCAACUGUCACAAAGACUGAACAAAGAAUAUUCAUUUAUAUAUAAAAUUAUAUAUAUAUAAAUAUAA